UUGCGAAGCUGACUUCUGGCAACCCGCGCUCGUCAUGGACAACCUGGAUAUUUGUUAUGACAACAGCUAUGAUUCCCGUGGCCAGGUAGACUACAGCUAUGAGCCCCCCGCUUGUCUGUUCGCACAGGGGGCCUGUCAAACCCCGCUGAUGAGGACACCCUAUAACUGCUUCGACGAGCACAGCAGGAGUGAGAGCGUGCCUUCCGUGCCCCCUGCGUGCUUGCACUCUAAUCUGGAGCAACAGCACACCUAUGAGUACCUGCCAAGCAAAGGCCGGCCGGAGGAAGACUACCUCUCAGCCAAAGGCCGCGUAGCAGAGGAGCCUGUCGGGCCGGUGCCCUUCCCGUGGAUGCGAAGCGCAAGGGCGCAUCCGUAUCUGUCGCCGCUUCCAGGUGGGCCUUUCCAGGAGGACCUAGAAGAGAGCAAGAGGAGCCGCACGGCGUACAGUCGAAGUCAACUCCUGGAGCUGGAGAAGGAGUUCCAUUUCAAUAAGUACAUCUCAAGGCCCCGCAGAUACGAACUGGCGGCCACCCUGAACCUCACGGAAAGACAUGUCAAAAUCUGGUUCCAGAACAGGCGGAUGAAAUGGAAAAAAGAGGAGACGAGAAAGGUCAAAGACUUCAACGUGGAGCCUGCUAAGUUAAACAAAGAGGACGACAACGAUGAGGAUAAAAUUGAAUAGAAAGACCAGUCCAAUGAAAGGACACAGAGGAAUAUAUGUCUUAAAGAAAAUAUGUCUAGACUAUAUGCUACACUUAAUCAAAAGAAGGCUUUAAUUACAAAGAACUUUUUUACUUUCAUUUCAUUACAUUUUUUUAAUUUCUAUAGAAUCAUGGGGUUAAAGUCAACAGUAGUUUUCACAUUUACGUUAGAAUAAAAUAACGA